AUGGCUUCUAAAACUAUGAACAUCGCAAUCAUCGGCGCUGGUGUCGUUGGAUCGAGCUUUUUAAAGCAAUUGGCCGCGGUCAAAUCUCAAAUUUCUUACAAUUUGAUUCUACUUUCGACUUCAAAAAAGGCCUUGAUCUCGAAAGAUUACAAGCCAUUGAGCUUGCAAUCGUGGGAAUCCGACCUUGCCAAAACUACAGAAGCUCCUUUGUCUUUGGACGAGCUUUUGCAGUUUUUGAAAAAAUCUCCAGAACCUGUCAUUUUCGUGGACAACACUUCCAAUGACUCCAUUGCCAACUUCUACCCUAAUUUGUUGCAAAACGGCAUUUCAAUUGCUACUCCAAACAAAAAAGCUUUCUCUUCGGGCCUUUCUUUGUGGAACGAAAUUUUCAAAGGUAACGAGUCAUCCGGCCUUGUUUACCACGAAGCCACCGUUGGAGCUGGUUUGCCAAUUAUUGGACCUUUGAACGAUAUCGUUCAGACCGGCGAUAAAGUUCAAAAAAUCGAGGGUAUUUUCUCUGGAAGUCUCUCUUUCAUCUUGAACACCUUUUCCAGCACUGGUUCUUCUGACCAAAAGUUCUCAGACAUUGUUAAGAAGGCCAAAGAACUAGGAUACACCGAACCUGACCCUAGAGAUGACCUCAACGGUCUUGACGUAGCCAGAAAAGUCACCAUUUUGGCCAGAAUUGCUGGCUUCAAGGUCGAGUCCCCAACUUCUUUCCCCGUUAACUCGCUCAUUCCUAAACCAUUGGAAUCCGUUUCCUCGGGCGAUGAAUACCUGGCAAAGCUACCUGAGUACGACCACGAGAUGGAUCAGUUGAAGCAGGAGGCCGCAGCAGAGAAUAAGGUUUUGAGAUUCGUUGGUAAAGUGGAUUUCCCCAACAAUUUGGUCUCUGUCGGAAUUGAGAAGUACGAUGUUUCGCACCCCUUCGCCUCUUUGAAGGGCUCCGACAAUGUGGUUUCUAUUCAAACUGAUCGUUAUCCAAACCCAUUGAUUGUUCAAGGUGCUGGUGCUGGUGCCGAUGUUACAGCUGCUGGUGUUCUUGCUGAUGUCUUCAAAAUCGCCCAAAGACUUUAG